UUUUAUUGCGUUGCUAUUUGAAAUAUUAUUAUUAAAGAUUAUUAAUUUAACUUCGUUUCGCGCACGUAAUUACUGUCAGAAAUGAUCGGUCGAAAAGAUGUCGAAUCGAUAUCGAUUCGACCAAUUCGACAUCUAUUUGACGUCGAUUCGACAUCAAUUUAACUAUCAUUUUUAGCUGGGUAUAUUCAAUUAAAUUAAACAAAAUAAAAAAAAUAUAUGAUAAAGAGAUACAAAAUAGUAUGUAUACAAAUUAGUUGUUAAAAUAGAAAUUCGACUAAUUAAAAUUAUGUACAUGAUUAAAAUGCGGCGAAUUAAAAUUAUGAUCACAUCUAUAGCAUCAUGCAACUGUCAUCACGAAAAUGAAUAAUUUAACAAUAAUUGUUAAAUUAAUAAUAGAAAUAAUAUCAAAAGCGCGUGCAAAGCGUGCUCUUGUAUUGUUUAAAAAUUUUAAAAAGACAUCAAAACUGCAUUUAAUAUUUAUAUCUAUCUUUUGUUUAGAGUUUGUUUUACAGAUCUAAAAUAAAUAUUCCUUCUCGAACAUGAUGAUAUUUCUAAAACUAUUAUUAAGUAGCGGAUUAAUGUUUAUCGCUGAGACGACUUCUAUUUGUAAUCAAUCAUCUUUAUCUACCAGCUAUCUACCAGCAAAAUAUAUAAAACCAAUCCAUUACGACAUCAAGCUUAUAUCAUAUAUUGAAGGAUAUAUUUUCUAUGGAGAAUACAAUAUCAGCAUAAGCAUUCCUAACAAAACGCAACACAUAUUUCUACAUUCAGAAAAAUUAAGUAUUAAAAAUAUAGUUUUGUUUACAAAUGUAGCAAAAUAUGAUGAGAAUGAUAAAGAUACAGUUUAUAAACCAACAUAUAAUAUUGAAGAAGACAUACUUGAUAUUUUUUUUAUCAACGAGGUAUCACCAGGAAAUUACAUUUUAAAUAUAAAAUAUUAUGGUACUGCUAAUGAAGUCUUUAGUAUUUUCGACGUGAAAAAAAAAAUUGCUAUGGUAGCUGCUACUCAUUUCCAUAUAAUAAGCAGCCGACAAUUGUCUUCAAGUUGGGAUCAACAGAAUUUAUUCCAUGAAGCAACCUUUAACAUAUCUAUAGGAUGUAAUCAAUGUACGGCUUUGUCAAAUAUGCCAUUGCGAUAUACGGAAAAAAGUGAGCAUAAUAUGUUAUGGACACAUUUUGAUACCACACCUGCAAUUUCGUCUUAUCUUGCAACAAUGAUUGUGUCUAAUUACCAAUUACGUAUUGAUAAUGACACUCGAAACAUUGAAAUAUGCUGCAGAAAUGAAUCUGGAUUUCACAUGGAAUUUGCAAGAAAUGUAAUUAAAAAUAUCACGUUGUGGUUUAAAAAUGAAUGGAAACAGCGUCCCAACAAUAUUUCGAAAGUGACUCAUGUUGCAAUUCCAAAUUUCCAUGACAAUGACGUAAUCGUUUUUGGAUUGGUUUUUUAUAAGGAAACAGAUAUUAUCUACGAUAAAAAUGUAUAUCCUACUACUCACAAAAUCGAAGUAGCUCAAUUAGUAGGACGUAAAGUGACACAGCAAUGGUUUAAUAACAUGUUAAACAAUCCGUUCGUGUCGGAUUUUUGGUUUAAAAAGGGUGUUAUUACAUUGCUUGCAACAUAUGCUGUCAAUAAGAUGGUUAUUAUAUGUGGAAUUCUACUUCACAAGUUAACACUUCAUUGGAAAUUAUCAAUUCUAUCAAAGGCUAUCACAUCGUCUAGGCUCUGUAAAUCUUAUGAAGAAUGUUGCUAGAAAAAUAAAUCUUGC